GGUCUGGUUCGAUAUGAAUAUGGCAUAGACGGCGCGAGACUCGUCCGCGUUCAGGAUCGCCUCGAGCAGCUUAUAGACGUUUUCUUCGCAAUAAAAGGGAGUAUAGGCUGCCGAGAUCUGUCCACUGGCUCGUGCUUCGGUAUCAGAGGACAAGCUGAUCGGCAAGGUUUGCGUCAUCGACUGCAAGCUUGAAGCUUCAUGACGCGAGCGCGACUGACUUCUGUCGACUCUGUCCGGCCUGUCCGAGUGACGGUCGACACACAUUUUACCGAUGCAUGCUUGACAGAGGACGAGCCCCAUCGACGGCAAGAUGCCGAGCAUAGCCAGCUGGCAUGACCUCGGAGCCGACAGCAGCUUGCGCGACGCUGGCUCUCUAUCGUCCUUCCCGCUGGUCGACAACGACUUGGCAGGAAGCUCGUCCCAGCAUGGACGGAAUGCGGAAUCUACUGGUCUCAUGGGCAUCAUUAAGAAAGUCAGAGACUCGCUUGCUAUACCCGGCUCGAGCUCCGCCAAUGCUGCGCCCAGCAGUAUACAAUCUCCGCCCAAAGUCACUUUUGCUCAGACUUACAAGCGCUCCCCACUAGGACGGAGCCCUCAGAGGGCAUCGAGCACUCGCACAGGAGUGUUCGAUAGACGCAUAGAUGGCAAGAGCUCGGUAGACGCGCGAUCUGAGACCGCUUCGACAGACAGCUACGGCACGCAUGAAAGGCAAGACUCUAAUGAGCCCGUCUCGGAAGGGGCAUCGAGCGCCGCUGGAUCACAAAGGCUGCCAUCGAGACAGCCAGGAGCGAGACCUUUCAAGGUGUCCACGACCGUUCCUCCUACUGUGCGACUGACGCGCGCAAACUCCUCUCGCGUCGAGCUGACGCCUACCUCGCCGCGCAAGUCGCAUCGAUCAAAGCCUUCCACAGCAUCACUGCCUUCUCUGAUGACCGGGUCUGACCACUUAUCGGCGUCGGAGCCAUCGCUCUACUCGCCAGGAUUGAACGAGGCGCGGCUGACGGGUGCCAAUCUUGCAACCAUUCCCGGCUUCCCAUUAUCGCAAGAGCUGUUGCUGGACGACGCAAGGUCGAUCAGCUCGGCCCAGAACGUGCCUGCCACAUACGGCAUCAGCGAGCCGCUCGGCGUUACUCAGGUCUUUCGCAAGCUUCGCGGUGAAGGCCUCAGCAGAGAGUACUGGAUGGCUGAUGAGAGCAGCAAAGAAUGCUACGAUUGCGGAACGGUCUUCACCUCCUGGCGACGGAAGCAUCACUGUCGCAUUUGCGGUCAGAUUUUCUGCUCACGCUGUGCCUCCAAUGUCAUUUCGGGCGAACGGUAUGGCCAUGAUAGCCUCAUCAGAGUCUGUAAUCUUUGCGUGGGCAUCAUGCAAGACCGUUCGGACUCUCAGACUGCGCUUGCAACUUCGCAGUCACAGUUCGGUCCGCUGUCGCUCACAAACAUGCAAUCCGUAGAGUCGCCACCGCAACAAGACAUCGAUAAACUCCGCAACGUUACGAUCUCUGAACCUCUAGAGGCCUCCUUGAAAGGGCCGCAAAGUCAAUUCGCUGCCUCGACGCUGUUCCCGCGCAGCCAGUUCACUCGGCUCGGUCACGAUUCGUCAGAUGGUAGCGCCAUCCAACGGUCAUUCACCUUCAGUGCCAAGCGCACUUCUUCUGCGGGCUCCGAUUAUACGGCCGAGACCAGUGUGUCUGACGAGCAGUAUUCCGACACGCCGACGAACCUGAACGGCUCCCCUGAUAUCUCGAGAGCGUCUAAUAUGGCUGUCAACGGAGAUGGUGCCGAAGCGCCUGCUCCGUUCCGCCAAGAUCUCGCUCUGGAGGACAGAAUAGCUGACAUGCCGCGCAACAACACCAUUGACUCUAGCCUUGCUAGCUAUUUCGGCGACACAGAAGCUAUCAGUCGGAUCGGCCCUGAAUCUAACCCAUCUAAUUCACCUGACAUUGCCGGCGCGGACGCAAGGAAGCAAAGCGUUGAAUAUCAUACUGAUCUUGCAUCCGAGCCACGUACACCUCUCGCGGUUGACAAAUCUGACCAUACGGCCAAUAUCAAAGAGCGUCGCACGCCAUCCAAAUCUAUCAAGACCCGCCCCAGGGGCAACUCUCGGGCCAUCGAUUUGAGCGCAUCCGCAGACUUCAGUGAGCCGAGCCACAGCCAUAGCGGCGGCGGCAAUUCGCCGGCGUUGUAUCGCAGCAGGCGCGGUAGUGGCAAUCCAGAUCUGCUCGACACAUCACGGCAGCACGUACGAGAUAUGCUGCAGCAGUGUGUUGACAGAGCGAAUCUGCCUCUCGCUGCAAGUUGGAAGACGCAGCUGCUUCCGAUACUCACAUGCAUUGCCGAUGAUCUCAGACCGAAUGUCAGAGCAGGCGAUCAUAUGGACGCUCGAAAGUAUCUCAAGAUCAAGCGCAUUGCUGGCGGAUUGCCUUCGGCGUCCGAGUACGUACAUGGCGUGGUCUUUCGGAAAUCACUAUUACACAAAAAGAUGCCUCACUACUACCGCAACCCUCGCAUCAUGUUGCUCGCUUUCCCACUGGAAUACCACCGAGUGGAGAAUCAGCUGAUGAGCUUGGAGCCUCUCAUAAAACAAGAGAAAGAGUACCUACGCAAUCUCGUCAGUCGCAUACUGGCUCAACGACCUCAUAUCAUACUGGUCGAAAAGAACGUGUCGAGCAUAGCUCUACAGUAUCUCGUGGAGGCUGGUGUCGCCGUCGCACGCAACAUCAAAUCGAGCGUCAUCGAAGCAGUCGCGCGUUGCACAUCAGCAGAUGUCGUCUCAUCGAUCGACAAGCUUGCGCUGGAACCUCGACUUGGCCGCUGUGCUGAAUUUCGUGUCGAGACAUUCGAACAUGCCCUACUACCCGGUCGUCGACGCACUUUUAUACGUUUCGAAGGUUGCACUAAAGAAGCGGGCGGUACGAUACUGCUCAGAGGCGGCGAUAUGGAGACGCUUGCCAAAGUCAAAUCGAUUCUGCGGCUCAUGGCUCUCGUCGUUUUCAGUGCAAAGCUAGAGACAUACUUUCUCUUCGACGAGCAUGCUAGCUACAACAACCUGCAGCCAGGUCCGCCGAUGGAUCUCCAGCCUUUGUCAAAGUCUGCACUCAUAUCGCGCGAGCCGACGCUGGCACAGGAUGAGAAAGCAGACGUAUCGCGAGAAAUUGUGCGCGCUCUCGCUCCUUACAACACGACUGCCUUGUCUGCGUCUGCUCAUCUUCGAUUUCCGGCGCCAUACCCGCUCCGUCGAUUAGCCGAAGACGACGCAAAGUUGGCGGUGCUCAGACAAGAUGCCUCUCUAGAUAACCCCGGCUUUGACACGCUGAACGCCAAGAACGGACAGCUCACACUUCCUGCACGCAAAAUAGACAGCAGUGAAUUCUUCAGCGACAAGUCAACGCCCGUCAUCUCUGGCCGAAUAGCGAGCGAGAUUAGCGAGGCGGAGCAACGGCAUGCGGACAGAGUCAAGGCUUACAAUUCUUUCAUCUGUCGGCCGGCUACUCUUGAUCCGAGCAGGUACCAAAGCAUCGUCUAUCUCUAUACACUGGUGAACGUUCACGCUGGUGAUAGCUGCGUGGGCCCUGUGCUUCGUACGAUUGACUUCUAUCAAGACAGCGAUAAGACGCUCGGACAGUACCUUGAGGACCUCGUCCUUGCCUCAGCACAACCCUGUUCGAACAAAUUUUGCGGCAAACCGAUGGUCAUGCACGGUCAGAAUUACAUCCAUGGCAAUUUCAGAUUGUCGAUCCUUCAAGAACGCUACGCCUGUCCUGUACCUGGCGCCGAGGACAGGGUCAUCAUGUGGAGCUAUUGUAAAAAGUGCUCAGCGCCCACAGCUUACAAGAUCAUGUCCGAUCAAACAUGGAGCCUCAGCUUUGGCAAAUACCUCGAGCUGGCAUUCUAUCAUGAUCAUCUCACAUGCCGCUCAGAUCGGUGCCAGCACAAUGUCCACAGAGACCACGUGCGCUACUUCGCGCUUAAGCACUGGGCUUUUCGCGUGCACAUUGAUUCCAUUCAAGUCAACGAGGUUGUUACACCGCCAUUGCGAAUCGCAGUCCGUCUCGAUACGCGGCUUGCACUCAAAGACGAGGAGUACUCGUCCAUACAAAAGAAGAUCAAGGCCUUCUUCGACUCGGUUGCGAUUCGGACAAAGUCUUUCGACUACGGCUUGAUCGCAUCGGAAAAGCGGGACACAGCCGCGCUUGAUCUAGCAGCGCUCAGUCGUAAAGCAGAAGCCGAACGCGCGGAUAUUGAAGGGAUCCUCAAGACGACGUACGAAGAAUCCGGAGCAUCGGCCGGCAUGAGCCUCAACAUCGUCCGGCAGCUGCUGCAGAAUAAAGUCAUCGCGCUGGAAGGCGACUUUGCUGCAUUUGAGCAAAAGUUCCUGCCUGCUUCUGAGAAAGACAUCCGCCGAUUGACUGGUAUUCAGCUUCGAAGGCUUUUCGUUGACAGCAGCGUACCGGCCUCACCCAAUCAGCGAUCUCCCGUGGCUAGCGUGACCUCUUCGGGUAGCAUGCAAGCUAUGGCGCAAGAAGCUGCGACAUCCUUGGCUUCGGUCGUGGCGCAGACAUUGAUGGAGGAACCUGCUGAACAGACUGUUUUCGAGCAAUUCGGCAAUGAUACUGCCGAACUGCCGGACCAACCAAUUGCAAAGCCAAAAGCGAUGGACUUGCUGGCGCCGGCCCCGCCUGAUAGUCGAUCUCUAUUGUCCCCUUCGUUAUCGCAGGUGUAUCUCCGUCCUAUGGCGCACGGCGAAGAAACUUCAGAUGCAGCAUCAGACUCGGACUCACCCGAAAGAGCGCAGAGAUCAUAUCGGCCCCGUCUGUCACCCAGUCUGAAAGUCGCCGAUGCUGUGCGGCGUUUUGACAGCCACGAUCAUACAAGCAGUGAUCAGGCGGCUCGCAUCGGCUCGGAGCCUCCUUCGCGGCCCCCAAUGCGGCGUGGCAAGACUGAGCAAGCUAGGCCAAAGCCAGCUGCGAAGCUUGGGCACGACACAGCUGCUGCCGGAUCCGAAGACGAGCUGAGACCCAAGCGUUCGGGUCUGCUGAGGCGAGAAUUACGACGCUCUGGAUCGAAAAGUGCAGUCACACGUAGCCCGGCUUCAUCGCCUACGCAUGCAAGCAUCGAACGGGCAACACUGUCUCGCUCCGAAACGAUAAAGACGCCUGCUCUAUCGCGUCAUGGUAGUGGUGUCACCAUCAGAACGAAGCGUAGUUCAAUCCCACCGGCGACAAGAACGUCAAGUCAGCGCUCGACUGGAGCCGAUAGCGACAGUCUAUCAAUUGUACCUCGCGUAGCAACAAUUGGCCGCGCCCCUUCGCCUGCGGCGCUGUCUAGCCGUCCAGCCGCCGUAGCUGCCAGUCGACAGCUUAGCAUCAAUCCGAUCGGUGCAUCGUACAAGCCGAAGCGAGCUGUCUCAUCUGCGAUCGCAUCAUCUACAAACAACAGUCGAGUGGCAGCCAUCACAGAGCAUUUUGACAGACUCAGUGAGCAAACGCAACGAGAACGGAUGAAGCGACUAAGCGCAAGCCGUGGACGUCGGGCACGCCCCGUCGCCACUGCCAAACCCGUUCUCGAAGUGUUCAGCAAUGUGCGAGACGCAGCAAAAGACGACUCCGAUGACGAGUACGAUGACGAGCACUCAAGCGGCGGAGCAGACGACGAGUUUGACAAAGAUGAUACCCACGAGGCAGAGGACGAGCCCGAAGCCGCGGAUGCAGUCGGAGGACCUGUCGGCGACGCGCAGACUGAAACAGCCAGCCUCGAAGCGACGUCCAUGCUGUCCACAGGGGAUGAGAAGUCGCCGAAGAAGCAGUCUGCGCUGUUGGCCCAGCACGACUCACUCAACCCACCGCACGUGUUCAGUGAAAGUGAAAUGUCUUCGACCGGCACGGAGCGAUCGUUCAUGAAGACACUGUCAAACCUCUGGUCCUACCGCGCAUCAGAAUUCACCGCGCUUGAGCAUCCAAUGCUGCCGACCGAACAUAUCUUUGACAAUAACCCAGUCAUUGUGCGCGAAGACGAGCCGAGCUCGAUCAUUGCCUUCUUCCUCAGCUCGAGAUCUUACAAAGAUAAGAUCAAAGAGGUUGUAUCAUCUCGCUCGGCAACGCGUCAAGACACAAAAUCGUCGAACGAUAUCGAAAACAAAGCGCUCGAUCGUGAUCCCACUUGGCUUCUGCGAGACUCUCAGCCAGACGGAGCCGACCCGGAGGACAUUGCUCGACCGCCUGCAAAGCAUUUCAGGCUGCAGGAUGUCGAUGGUGCCUUGACGUUCUACUGCAAAAUCUUUUAUGCUGACCAGUUCCAUGCGCUGCGCCGGAGCUGUCAAUGCGAGGACACCAUCAUCGAGUCGCUCUCGCGCUGCGUCAAAUGGGAUGCGUCCGGUGGCAAAUCGGGCUCUGCCUUCCUCAAGACACGCGAUGAUCGUUUCGUCGUCAAAGAGAUCUCUCGACUUGAGAUGGAUGCUCUGCUCAAAUUUGCGCCUGCUUAUUUUGAUUACAUCGCAAAGUCGUUUGUCUCAGACCAUCCUUCCAUUCUCGCGAAGAUGCUGGGCUUCUUCCGAAUUGGCUUCAAGAAUCCAACGACGGGCAAAUCGAUGCGUCUCGACGUUCUCGUGCUCGAGAACCUCUUCUAUCAUCGCCAGACGGACAAGAUCUUUGACCUCAAAGGAUCUAUGCGGAAUCGCCUAAUCACUGCGACGGGCAAGACUAACGAAGUCCUGCUCGAUGAGAAUUUUGCGCGAAUGGUCCGCAACAGUCCUGUCUACCUGCGCGAGCACAGCAAGAAGCUCCUCCGAACGGCACUGUUCAACGAUUCCCUCUUCUUGAGCAAGAUGAACAUCAUGGACUAUUCACUCAUCGUCGGCCUCGAUUCGGAACGCAACGAGCUCAUCGUUGGCAUUGUCGACUACGUUCGAACGUACACCUGGACGGCUCGCGUCGAGACUUGGGCAAAGGAGUCGACGUUACUCGGUGGCGGCGGCAAGGAACCAACCGUCGUGACGCCCAAAUCCUACAAAGCCCGGUUCCGCUCACAGCUCGAAGCCUACUUUCUACUCUCACCCGACAAUUGGUAUACUGAGACUACCGACGCCCUCUCCGAGCCCAACAACUAAUGCACAGAUCUUGCCAGCCCCUACUUGUCGUUGUAUAUCCACAGUCACUUGCAUUGAUCAUGGUCAGACGAGGAUG